AGCUGCGAAUCAGCGAAUCCAUGGGCCGCAGCCAACCUCGCAUCCCUUGUCCAGUAGUUCCCUAUAGUAGCACGCCGAUAGCCAUCCUCUCUGCCUCUGCCUGCUGCGCAUGAUGAGCCCGCAUACGAGCUGCAGCAAGCCCACCGCCCGCCCGCCCGCCUGCAACUGUCGCGAGCAUUGCGACACUCUCUCGCUCACUGGCCCUACGCGGAGUUUCAUCGUUUCAGAGUCCAUCAUACUGCAAUCGCCACUCGCUAGAACCCUGCCGCCUCACACCGCUGCGAUAACUAUCGUCGUCCUGCCCGUCGUCUCCUCCUUUGUGUGUGUGUCCCGUGAAACGCGUCAAAACGGUCGCCUCAAGGUCGCUGCGUCUUUUACCCAUUCGCCAGGUCCUUGUUAUCUUUGUGGUUCAGUAUCCUCCUGCGACUUUGCUCCCUUGUUCACCGCGCUGCUCUUUGAUCGCAUCUGGCUAAAUUUGGAUUGAUUGACGCGUCCAUGCUCGUAUCGGAUCGCCGUUGUUGUUGUUGAGGGCCACUGUGACGCACGGGUUAUCUAUCGCAUGACUUUCCCACCCUUUGUGUACGCCACGACGCGCAAACUAUUGAACAGCCAGUUACGGCGUGUCGGGUGACGGC